UGUAGCAUCAGAGCCGGUGUCACGGGUUGGGGGCGGAACACGUGUCAUCAGCUAGGAACUUCGAGCAUUUGAUGUGUGUGUUGGGGGUCGCUUACUAAAUUGUAAUCGCUACUUAAUAGCCCAUCACCUAGCAGGAAUACUAGUUUCCAGAACAAUACCACAGGUAUAGAUAUCAUUAUUACCGUGGUGAGGAAACGGAAGCGCAGAGGAAAAAAAGAAAAACUUUACCCGGGUCACGUGGCUAGUAAUUAAUGGAGCUUAAAUUCCAAAGCCUCAACUUUCAACCCUUACCCUGUGCCGUCCCGUCCCGUGGCAAGACGGUUGUCAUCUCAGCAUCCCUCCUCUGUUUACAAAGUGCGUCUGCAGCCCUUAUCUCAUUUGCUCCACAAAUGGAAUUAUCACCUCCACGGUACAGAUGAGACGAAGGUCCCAGGGUCUGACCUAUCUAAGGUCACAUCUUAAUGUUCACAUAGACUGUCUUCAGUCAUGGCCUUGGGUUUAAGGUGCUUCCGCUUGGUCCAUCCUGCCUUUUGCAAUUCCCUUGCAGCCUUGACCAGACCUGUUUCGGAAGUUAUGCUGAAGACAGUGAGUGGAAGACAAAAUGACCACAGGCAAUACGUGGCCUAUGCAGCUAUACCAACCCGUCAUUUUGCUACCAAGAAAGCCAAAGCCAAAGGAAAAGGACAGUCCCAAACCAGAGUGAAUCUUAACACUGCCUUGGUGGAGGAUAUAAUCAACUUGGAAGAGGUGGAAGAAGAAAUGAAGUCUGUGAUGGAAGCACUCAAGGAUAAUUUCAAUAAGACUGUCAAUAUAAGGACCUCACCAGGAUCCCUUGAUCAUAUCACUGUGGUAACUGCUGAUGGGAAACUUGCUUUAAACCAGAUUGGCGAGAUCUCCAUGAAGUCGCCACAACUGAUCUUGGUGAAUAUGGCCAGCUUCCCAGAGUGUACAGCUGCAGCUAUCAAGGCUAUAAGAGAAAGUGGAAUGAAUCUGAACCCAGAAGUGGAAGGGACACUAAUUCGGGUACCCAUUCCCAAAGUAACCAGGGAGCACAGGGAAAUGCUGGCCAAAUUGGCCAAACAGAACACCAACAAGGCCAAAGACUCCUUACGGAAGGUUCGUACCAACGCAAUGAAUAAGCUGAAGAAAUCAAAGGACAAAACCUCGGAGGACACCAUUCGACUCAUAGAAAAGCAGAUCAGCCAAAUGGCCGACGACACCGUUGCAGAGCUGGACAAGCAUCUGGCAGUGAAGACCAAAGAACUCCUCGGAUGAAAGUCACGGGGCCAGUUUCUAGGGACCCACCUGGUGGCAGAUUGGCAUCUCUGUACCCCGUCCCACGGAAGGCCGACACCCUGUGCUCAUCACCUUGUGAGGCCCAGCCUUCCAGAGGGACACCCAGACUUGUUCAGUCCCUUCCUCCGGCCCCGUCGCCCCGUUCUGCUCUGGGCCUUCUGGCACGGGGGGACCUUUGGAGAAUGUCUGCUGCUGCCUAACGACCAGGGCCACCGGCAGGCUGACCACUGACUAGUCCUCAUCUCAGGAGCCUCCUUUCCAAAUAAUUAGUCCAGCCCUGUCCCCAAAUUUCAACGUUGCUUGGGCUGAUGUGGGCCUUCACUUGUGACUGGAUACUUUUGCGAGAGGCCUAUUUUCACCAAGCAAUAAAAUCAAAAUAAAUUGGAAAGAAUAAUAACCUCAAAGGAAAUGAUAGAGUCCGUGUAGAUGAAUGAUUUCUGAGGAGCUGGUGUGUGGAAAGCAGCCAGAACAAUACUUUUCCCUCAGUCAUUUCACACAUGCUCUUUACUCCCCGGACCUUUCCCCGACUCCUCACCGGGCCAGUCCUGUGCCUGCUUCACUUCUCAGGGGGCUGGCAUUUCCUCGGAAGCCUCCUUCCCCCGGCUGAGAACCCCCAGUAUUGGCUCUCACCCACACCUUAGCUGUUCUUUUUGAUAAUUAGUCUCUGUAUCUUCAGUAUCCUCAGAAGUUGACAUAAUGCCUGGAACCAAUAGGCACUCAAAUGUGUUGUGAAUGAAUUGCACGUAAUAUUUGCACAAUAAAUGCUGGCUUCUUUUCCUUUC